AUGUCCAACUCGACACCGAUUCCAAUCGUCUCGCUCCGCAACGAUAGCAGCAACUCUACCGCACUCGGCUCGCAAAUCCUGGAGGCAGUGGCCAAGACCGGCUUCUUCUAUCUCUCGGAUCAUGGGAUCACUCAAGCAGAGAUCGAUGCGCUUUUCCAACGCAGCUCUGAUUUCUUCCUUAAGGAGCAGCUAGAAGAGCGACUGCAAAGUCAAGACCGAAUAAACAAUACGGGCUACACACCGAUGAAGCAGGAGAGUCUGGACCCGAACAGCAUGUCGGAUGGCGACCUGAAGGAAUCUUUCUACCUAGCUGGCCUCGCUCGAGCAGAGCGUGGUUCUAAGCAAGUUGAGGAGCAAGAUCGACCACCAGCGCAAAACUUGCCGCCUACAUUAGCAGCGCGUCAAGAAGAGAUUGCAGGCUUCAUCGAGAAGUGUAAAGGCCUCUGCGACACGGUGCUGUCAGGCUUUGCGGAAGCAAUCGGCUUGCCCUCACGAUACUUUCUAGACUCACAUCAUGGGCAACAUGAUCGACUACGGCUGAUACACUAUCCUCCAGCGCCAGUCUCAAACAGCAAUGGAGAAGCAGGCUCGAACUUGAGCAUCCGAGCAGGCUCUCAUUCAGACUAUGGCUCGUGCACUCUGCUCUUUCAAAAAGACGUCGGUGGACUCCAAGUAGAGAUGGAACCAGGCAAAUGGGUCGAUAUUCCGCCGCAGAAAGGAUGUAUCGUGGUCAAUGUCGGCGAUGCUAUGGAGUUUUGGAGCGGAGGACUGUUUCGCUCGACUCAGCAUCGGGUUGUUCUUCCGCGUAACGAGUCGGAGAGCGGAUCAAGGUUUUCGGUAGCCUACUUCUGUCAGCCGGAUGAAGACGCUCGUCUGGUUCCUCUAGAGAUCUCGGACAAGGUAAGAGAGAAGGUUCAGGCCCAGGUGAUGGACAGAGAGGAAUUUCAAAGGAGAUGUGUAGCCAAGGGCGUUGCUAAUGUGUCGGAGCUCACGGGAGGUCAGUACCUUCGUGCUCGUCUUGGAGCCACGUAUCGAUGA